AUGUUUCUUAGCUGCAUAAGGGAGAAAGUGCAAACCGUUGGUUGGAUAAAGAAGAACAAAUUAGUGAGUUGGAGCAGCUUCGGUUUUGUCAACUUGUGCGGUUGUAGCAGAGGAAGCGAAAUCCGAAGAAGCGACAGUAGUACCAGAAGCGGCGAAAGCAGCACUAGUGAGCAUCGUGUGGGAGUGGAGUGCACGUUAGAGAAUAAAGAAGCAGAGAUAGCAAAAAGAGAAAAAAGCGAAAACGGCUUAGCCAAAGUUCAGAUAAUGAAUAAUUGCAGAGGAGAAUCCGAGAAGAGGUGGUGCGCUGAGGAAGGGGGGCACCCGAUCGAUAUGGCGAAUGUCAGUAUUAAUCAUGUAAAGCAAAUAAAAGGAAAUAAUAAUCAAAAUAAUGGAGUACAGAAAAGAAGAAACAGUUAUAUGAGCUCGGAAGAGGUAAGAAGCAGUUUUAUAAACUAUUUUAAAAAAAAGGAUCAUACAGUAGUAGAGAGUGCAUCUGUGAUACCAUACAAUGACAACACAUUAUUAUUUACAAAUGCAGGAAUGAAUCAAUUUAAAAAAAUAUUUUUAGGUAAUAUAGAUAAGAAUAGUGAUUUAGGAAAAUUGAAAAGAGCUGUAGAUACACAGAAAUGUAUAAGAGCAGGUGGAAAACAUAACGAUUUGGAUGAUGUGGGUAAAGAUGUAUAUCAUCAUACGUUUUUUGAAAUGUUAGGUAAUUGGAGUUUUGGUGAUUAUUUUAAAGAAGAAAGUAUAGAAUAUGCAUGGGAUUUAUUAACAAACAUUUAUAAAAUUGAUUCGAAUAGAUUAUAUGUUACUUAUUUUGGAGGUGACAAAGAUUUGGCUAGUUGUCCUGAAGAUAUAGAAACCAAAAAAAUAUGGUGUAAAUAUAUAGAUGAGAAACGUAUCUUACCAUUUGGUAUGAAAGAAAAUUUUUGGGAAAUGGCAGAAACAGGUCCAUGUGGUCCUUGUUCAGAAAUACAUUAUGAUAGAAUAGGGAAUAGAGAUGCAUCUAAUUUAGUUAAUAAAGAUGAUCCUAGUGUUUUAGAAAUUUGGAAUAUUGUUUUUAUGCAAUAUAAUAAAGAUGAAAAAAAAAAUAUGAACAAGUUACCUUUUCCAUGUAUUGAUACAGGUAUGGGGUUAGAAAGAAUUACAUCCAUUUUGCAAAAUGUGGAUAGUAAUUAUGAUACUGAUCUUUUUCAACCCAUUUUUAAACAAAUAAAAGAUAUUUUUAAUUAUCUCCCUGAUUAUAAAGGGAGAAUUAAUGAAGAGGAUCAAGAUAGAGUAGAUUAUGCAUAUAGAGUUAUUAGUGAUCAUAUAAGAUGUGUUACUAUAGCAAUUAAUGAUGGUUGCCUACCGAGUAAUGAAGGGAGGAAUUAUGUUAUUCGUCGAAUUAUAAGAAGAGCAGUAAGAGUAGGAAAGCAGGUAUUCAAGAUUAAAAGCAAUGUGUUAUGGUUUUACAAGUUAGUUGAUUCGGUAUGUGUUAUACUUGGAAACUGCUUUAAAGAUUUGAAGAAUAAGGAAAAGAUAGAUUACAUUAAAAGUGUUAUUAUGCAGGAGGAAGUUCUGUUUAAUAAAACUUUGGAGAAGGGGAUGGACCAGUUCUACAAAAUGGUGAGGAAGGGACAAAGAAGCACAAACAGCGUUAGUAGCGUAAAAGCAGGGGUUAAUGAUGUUAAUGAUAUUCUCAGUAGGGAUAGUGGUUCUGGUAGAGCUCUGUUCAGCGGGAAGGACGCUUUCGAUCUGUACACUUCGUACGGGUUCCCCGUGGACUUAAUAGAAAUGAUGUGUGAAGAAAUGAACGUCAAAUUAAACAUUGAAGAAUUUAAUGAGUUAUUCAAAAAGCAUCAGUUAAUAUCGGACACUAAUAAUUUUAAAAUGACGAAAUUUUUUGAUUUACCAGUUGAAAAAGCACAUGAAUUGAAAAAUAGAUAUGACAUUUGUCCGACUGUAGAUCAUCAUAAAUACAUCUGGAACAACAAUGAAGAAAAGAAUGAUUUUAAGUUGAACACAUGUGUGCAAAUUAUUUAUGAUGGGUCAAACUUUUUAAAUAAUAUAUCAUUCACAAAGGAGGAUAAAAAAAAAUAUGCCCUAAUUUUGAGAGAAACAAAUUUUUAUUACGAAAAUGGAGGUCAGAUAUAUGACACCGGGUUUAUUCAAAAUGAGGAUCAAAUGAAAUUUGAAGUUUUAAAUGUUCAGAAAAUGGGGGAUUAUGUACUACAUAUUGGAAUGUUAUUACAAGGGAAUAUUAAAAAAAACGAUUUAGUACAAACAGUUGUAGAUUUUGAAAGGAGAAAACUUGUCGCUUGUAACCACACAGCUACACAUUUGUUGAAUUUUAUGAUAAGAAAAGUUCUAAGUGAAUAUGUAAAUAAAAAAAAUGGACUCACCAGUGAAGAUAAAUUAAAUGGUAAAGUUAUGAAUAAUGAAAACGAUACUUCUAACAGUCAUACAACGGAAUGUUCUAAUGGGCAGUAUAAUACUAUCAAUGGGAAGGUAUAUAACCAAAAUGAAACCAAUAAUUCGGAUUCCACUAUAUUUAAGUGCGAUCAAAAGGGUUCUCUAGUAGAUGAUGAAAAACUUAGAUUUGAUUUUUCUUUCUUCGAAAAUAUAAACAAUGAAUUAAUAAGCAAAAUUGAAAAAGAAAUUAACGAUUUAAUAAACCAAGAAUUGAAGGUUUCAGUUGAGACUAUGAAUUUAACAGAGAGCAAGAAGAUAAAAGGCAUUCGAGCUAUCUUUGAAGAAGAUUACGCAGAUAAGGUUAAUGUAGUAUUCAUAGACAAUGAUGUAAAUAAAAUAUUACAUAAUUUAGAUGUAAAUUAUUCUUAUCUAUGUUCAAUAGAAUUGUGUGGAGGUACACAUAUAGCUAAUACAAAAUAUAUAAAAAAAUUUAUCAUCACGUCUGAGGAGAGCAUAGGAAAAGGUAUAUACAGGAUUAGUGCAGUGACGAAUAAAAAGGCAGAUGAAAUUGAAAAAAAAUUUAAUGACAUAUAUGUGAAAUAUAAACAUAUUUUUGAAAACCCAAAUGAAGGGAAAUUAACGGAUGUACAAAAUUGUAAGAGAAUUUUAAAAGAAGAUAAAUUUUUACCAUAUAUUAAAAAAAAUUGCAUACUACAAGAAUUAGAAAAAAUUGAAAAGAAUAUUAUUGAAAAAACAAAAAACAUGCAAAAGGAAUUAUUCAAUAAGGCAAUGGGUAUUGGAAAAGCAUAUGCUUUAGAAAAAAAAAAUGAUAUGUUAUUAGAUAUAAAAUUUUUUGAUGAUUUAAAUGGAAACCAAAAAGUUUUAGAAAAAAUAGUUCAAUCUUACUGUAAAACGAAUAAAUAUUUAAGUUACUUUUUUAUUAUUGUGGAUAAGAGUAAUACAUAUUGCGUUUUUGAAGUAAAGGAUUCUUUAAGAAAUAAAAAUAUACAAGCAGAUCUUUUUAUGAUGCAAAUAAUGAAAUCCGUAGAGGGCCAUUCAGGGGGAAGCAAAAAUAAAGCUUUUGGAUCAACAGAUAAAGAUAAAGGAAUGUUUUUGAAAAAAGUCGUAGAGCAAGAGAUAAAGAAGUAUCAUUAG